GAAUGAGUAAUAUAUAUUAUAGUUGAAAUUUUGUCAAUAUCUUCACAAUUUAGCAAAAAAUUUCAUUCUAAAUAAAUAUAUUUAUAUAUUUUUACAUAUAAGAAGAAUCUUGGAAACAAGCGUGUGUUUUAAUCAAAAUCAAUCAGCAACAAAAGAAGUUCAUUAUUUUCAUCAUUCUUUGUGAAUUGUCAAAAAAGUUAAUGAAAGUGAGUUUAUAAACAUUAUGAUGGAUCUUGGAAUUUAAAGGAGUUUUAUUACAUUAUUAUAAACAAAUUUGUUAAUAUUCAAUCAUAAUGAAUUUUGGAAUCAAUUGGGAAGAAGAACAUCGACGGACAUUGUUAGAAGGCAAUGCAGCAUUACAGCGUUCUACACAGUCUGUUGCUAGAUCCCAAGCACUUGCCAUUGAAAGUGAACAAAUUGGGACAGAAGUGAUUUCAGAAUUGGGUGGACAAAGAGAACGGUUGUUAAGAGCAAAAAGAAGAUUAUCACAAACAGAUGAAGAGUUAGAUAAGACCAGAAGAAUAUUAAAUGUUAUGCGAAGAAGAGUGUUAAUGAAUAAAUUUGUGUUAAUUUUAAUUAUAUUAUUAGAAAUAGCUAUACUUGGUGUUAUUGUGUAUUUAAAAUUUUUUCAUGUAUGAUUUAAUAAUAUAUAUAUGCAAUACUGUGCAUAUAUCAAUUUGAUGUAUAUUAUAUGUAUAUAAUUAUUUACAAACAAUGUUUAAUGUUGCAUGAUAAUUAAAGUGCUGUGAUGUUGAGAAACACUGGUUGGGUACCAAAUAUGUAAUAUAUAAAAUU